AUGGGUUUCGUUUAUAGCCAGCUUGUUGUGCAACUUCCAUAUCCGACCGGCUCAUAUGCGGGAAAGACUGUCGUCGUCACCGGCAGUAACACUGGCCUGGGUAAAGAAGCCGCUCGACAUUAUGCUCGUCUUGGUGCCAGCCGGUUGAUUCUCGCGGUACGAAGCAUCGACAAGGGCAACGCAGCGAAAGCAGAUAUCGAAUCGACGACAUCUUGUGGGAAAAAUGUAAUCGAAGUUUGGCAACCCGAUUUGGGAUCGUAUGCCAGUGUCAAGGACUUUGCGGCCAACAUCAGCUCCGACCUGGAGAGGGUCGAUAUCUUCAACGCCAAUGCUGGCCUUGCAAGAAAGAAAUACCACACCGCGGAAGACAACGAAGAGACCAUCACAGUCAAUGUCGUCUCUACCUUUUUGCUUGCAGCACUGGUCCUUCCCAAGCUCAAGGAGACGAUGAAGCGAUUCAACGUGCGUCCAACACUGGCCAUCACAUCUUCGGGUGGCCACACCUUCGCCAAGUUCCCACAAAAGGACGCUCCUGAAGGCCAGAUUUUCAGCACAAUCAACGACCCAAACGCUUCUUCAAAGGUCUUUGCGGAGCAGUAUCCUCUGUCCAAGAUGCUUGAAAUCUUCGCUGUUCGUAGUGUUGGCGAGAACGAUCCUGGGGUGACUGUGAACUGCAUCGAUCCAGGAUUUUGUGAGUCUGAACUUGCUCGCGACCAGGAUGGGAUCUUCUUCCCGCUGAUGAAAUUCUUCCUGGCAAGAACGACGGAGAAAGGGAGUCGAACGUUGAUACAUGCGGGUAGCCGUGGUAGCCAGACGCAUGGCAAGUACCUGUCAAACUGCAAAAUAGCAGAGCCUUCAGAUAUCGUGACCGGGCCGGAGGGUAAGAAGCUGCAGGAGAGGCUGUGGAUUGAGUUGACGCAGAAGCUGGAGAACAUCCAGCCGGGUGUGACAGCCAACUUCCGCGCUUGA